AACCGGAUGUGGAAGCGAUGCUGGUGAGGAAGUGGCUGUUUCAGCCAAUGGUAGCGCGCUACGCAAUUUUAGCGGUGGAUUCAGUCCCUGUGUUCAGAAGCGCUGUUCGCGGGAAAGACAAGCAUCAGCAGCAGCACGGAAAAAAGACUGACCAUCUGACAAACCUCUCAGCAUUACUAUUAAAAAAUAUUUCAGAUCUCUCUUCUACCGGAGUGUAGGGAUGCUUUUCCGCUCAAUUGUUGACAGAGGAGUGGGCAGACGAAGGCAGAAUGCCCUCCCUGCAGAUCCCUGGCCCAGGUACCCACUGAGCUCUCUGCUAGACGGCUACCAGUGUGUCCGACAUGAUGAACACAUCUCCUACGGCAACCUGGGUGACUCUGUGCCACCGUUUGGAUUGGCUUUCUCCUCUGCCGGGAACAUGCAGAAUGUAUUUGCAGCAGCUAAUGAAGAAGGCAUUGUUAGGAUCUAUGACACAGAGAGCCGUGAAAACCAGCUUCUUAAAGAAUGGCUGGCUCAUGAGAAUGCAGUCUUUGACAUAGCCUGGGUACCGGGGGAGCCUCACUUAGUGACUGCUGCCGGUGAUCAGAUGGCCAAGCUGUGGGAUGUGAAGUCAGGGGAGCUGUUAGGCAGCUUCAAGGGUCACCUCUGCAGCCUCAAGUCUGUUGCAUUCACACCGCAGGAGAAAGCUGUGUUCUGUACUGGGGCCAGAGAUGGAAAUAUUAUGGUCUGGGACACCAGGUGCAGCAAAAAAGAUGGUUUCUACAGACAGGUGAAACAGAUCAGUGGCGCUCACAACAAAGCAGAGACAAAUCCCCCCACCAAAGCAAAGAAGAGGCGGAGCAGCACACGUGGCAUGGCUCCCAGUGUGGACACCCAGCAGAGCGUCACAGUGGUUUUGUUUCAGGAUCAGCACACCCUCAUCUCUUCUGGGGCUGUUGAUGGAGUAAUCAAGACGUGGGAUCUGAGGAAGAACUACACCGCACACCGUCCUGAUCCUGUUCCGCUGCAGACGUACCCAUACCCGGGUUCUUGCAUGCGCAUGCGACUGGGUUAUUCCGGACUUGUUCUGGACUCCACGAGAUCCAACGUCAUAUGUAACUGUACUGAUGAUAGUAUUUACAUGUUCAAUGUCAGUGGGAUAAAAACGACUCCAGUGGCAGUUUUCAGUGGCCACCAGAACUCCUCAUUUUAUGUAAAGUCCACUAUUAGCCCAGAUGACCAGUUCUUGGCCAGUGGCUCAAGUGACAAUAAUGCAUAUAUCUGGAAGAUCUCUGAUCCUAAACAUCCUCCCAUGUUGCUCCAAGGCCAUAGCGAGGAAGUGACCUCUCUUGCAUGGUGCCCAACAGAUUUUACGAAGAUUGCUUCCUGUUCUGAUGACCACACUCUACGGAUCUGGAGGCUUCACCGGCAAAUGGAUGGAGCACAAUCUUCAGUGGGAGAGGCCAACAUUGUGGGCUGGGCACGUCCUAAGUCUCCUUCAAGGCCUUCAAUCACAGCUGAAACAACCCCUGCCAAGACCCAGAGGACAGAGAGUCUUGGAAGCCUGGCGUCACCCCAGCCCGCUGCCUGUGCUCCCAGUGGAGCUGCCCUGCCUCUGCCCUCGAGCACCACCUCACCUAUCCCUUCUCAGGAUGCUAAGGCUGCUGCUGUUCGCCAGAGAACUCCAUCUUCUAUCAAACAGUGGUUAUCCCCGAGCCAUGGAUCCCCCGGUCAGGUCAGCCCUCUGCUCCGUAGGGUGCUGAGCACGUGUCCCCAGAGCACCUCUCCCACAGAACGACGGGCCAAACGGAGGCUGGAGACUGGUGACGAUGCAUCUGCAAGCUGUGUUGGUGCAGAACAGUGUGACUGUGUUACUGAACUCUACCCUGCGGCCAAGAGAAGCCGGACCCUGUCUGGAAUCUGCUGCUCUGCUCAAGAGAGCCGGGUACAAACAGACUGUCACGCAGAGGACAACAAGCAAGCCUCAUCAGGGCAGACUGGCAAGGAGAAUUGCUCUCCCAGAGCAAUUGACUGGUUGUCAGUGAUGGGCCAAAAGAUGAAGAAAGGUCAAGGAAACCCUAAUACUCCCAGAAGCCCCAGUGCCUCUAAGAAACAAGAAGGAAAGACACCAGCUUCACCUACCAUCCGCUCACCACAAACCAUGAAGAAAAUCUCCACGUAUUUCACAAGAAGGCCUCUGGAGUGACUACUUGUGCCAGUCAGAUGCUCUGUGCUUCUGUUUAAAACGCUAUAUUUUAUAUUUGGAGUAUUUUUAA